UAUGCAAACAGUGAUGACUGCAAUAAAACCCAGGUAGUGGAAAUACAAUUUGCAGUUGCCUCAGCUAAGUCGAUCGUCCAACAGCCACAAUGACGAUGCCUGCUCUCCUCUCUGCAGCCCUCAUGCUGCUGCUGCUUUCUGGCACUUCCUGGGCUGUGGACAGAAAACCAGCUCCCAUUACUGUGGUGGUGGAGAACACUUUACUGGGCACCGCUCCGUUGACUUACACCACUGACGUAGUAGCUUACAGAGGGAUCCUGCUGGGUGCUCUGAACAGACUCAUGAGCUCCAAUCAAAACUUUAAGUUCACCUACACAGAGGAUCCAAACUAUGGCCCAUACCUGGAGAGUGUGAACGGUGUGGCUGGAAAUGAUAAAGAUCAUACCUACUGGGAGCUGCUGGUCAAGAAAUCAGACGGCCAAAUCAUAAGACCAAAUGUUGGUAUUGGAUGUUACAUUCCCAGCGUGAAUGAUCACAUCAUCCUGAGAUUUACAACGUGGUAAAGAUUCAUCAGGCACCAUACAACCACAUGAGAUCAGAGCCAGGUGGAAUCAACUGUAGUUUAAUGUAUUCCAUAGAUGAACAACAUGUAGGUGUUUGUUGUUGAGUGACAGUGACAUUUGAAUAAACUAUCCAUCCAUG